AUGUCUGUUGUAAGCGCAGUGCAGGGCGAGGAGCUUGAGCUGAGUGGACCGCUGGUGGACGUGCGUCCGCAGCCUAGGCCACGUCACGUUACGGUCAGAGCCCCGGAGGAAGAAUUGAGCCUGCUGGAUUCCCUGUGUGUCUCCAGUCCGGAGCAGCCCGAGACGGAUGAGGGACGGCUUCUGCAUGACCUGACGUUGCGCCUUGAACAGCUAGAGACGCGGGUGGAUCACAUCGCCGGCAGUUUUCUCAACCGAGAUGAAACCAUCCAUGAGCUCAUCGAUGCCACGGCCGCCCGAGUUUCCGGUGAGGCGGUUGUGAGGGUGCAGCGUCUGGAGCAGUCCUUCGCGAAGUGUGUGCAGUGCCUGGAAGCCAAUAUGAGGGAGGAGAUCAGGAGGCAGGUGCAGGAUAGCUGGCGUGCCGUCACGCAGCCACUGGGGCAGUCGACUCCUUUAGCGGGAGUGGGGAUCAACUGGGGACAGUCGUCCUUGUCCGUUGCGAUGCCGCGGAUGGAGUUCCCUAAGUUGGCCCCUCAGUGUACACCCACGGGCAUUGUCGACUUUGUGGAGGAGGUCGACUUGUUCGUGGAACUGCAUCCUCUGAGUGGAGCCGAGCUGCGGGGAUUCCUGAACACGGCACUCAGCGGGCCGGCGCGCUCUUGGUGGUUUGCUGAGCGGCACAAGUGUAACACCUGGGCGGAGUUUCGCGCUGCCUUCCUGAAAGCAUUCCUCUCAGAUGAAUACCAGGUGCUGUUGGAAGAAAAGCUCCGGACCUUUGUACAGAAGCCAUCGCAGAGUCUCAGGGACUUUGUCUUUGAGUUCCGUGCGUUGUGCCUUAAGUGGCGAUCUGACAUGCGUGAGGAAGAGAUAUUGCGACGUGUCCUUGACGCUUGUGACCCUCGGGUGGCGGCUACUUUGAGGGGGGUCGUGAAGUCGGUAGAUGAGUUGGUGAAGGUGGGGUCCCGAGUGGAAAAGGACUGGGCGGCUAUCGGGAUUAGUGGGUCUCGAAAGGGUCCCACGUCUCGGGAUGUCCCCUGUCCCAAACCACGAGGGAAAGCCUCAGUGGAUCCCCGUGCCGAUCUCACCCUGGUGCAAGCCACCUUGCCCCUCUUAGUGCUGCCCGUACAAGUGCGAGGUGUCACUGGAGAGGCGGUCGUAGAUACAGGGAGCACUUAUACCCUUAUGAAAUACAGCUUGUGGGAAAAGCUUAAAGUGCCUCAUGAGCAAUUAAGGGGAAGUGCAAAAGUAAAAUUCUUUCUUGCGGAUGGAAGGGCGCACGGGGCCAGGGGCAGGGUUCCUAUGAGGCUCUGCUUACAUGAGACACACUGGGAGACAGAGGUUUACAUCCUGGAAGAUGACCACCUGUCGAUGCCCUUAUUACUGGGAAUGGACUCUCUUGUGUCGGUAGGUCUGACUAUCCAUCUGUCGCGGCUGGAGUAUGAGUUGCCGGGGGGUGAAGUCCAUCGGUUUGGGACGAAGGCUCAAAGCAAUCUGGUUUGGCCUAACUUGUGUUAUUAUCUCGCGCAGUUGGUGGAUGAGCCCAGCCCAGUAGAGAAGGCUAUUCUUGAACAGCCGGAGCUCGUUCAGCCACUGCUUAGGAGGUGGCACUCGGUGUGGACGGACAAAUUGGGUCGGACUGAGGUGGUGUGUCAUCACAUUCACACAGUCGACCCUGUCCCUGUUCGGCACAGAGCCUACAGAGUGUCGCCUCUGAAAAGAGGAAUAAUCAAGGAGUGGGUUGACCAGAUGUUGGCAGAGGGGGUCAUCGAGCCUUCCACCUCGCCAUGGGCUAGCCCCACGGUACUCGUUCAGAAGGCCGACGGGACCUACCGAUUCUGUGUGGACUAUCGGGAGCUGAACAAGAAGACCUUGGAUGACGCUUACCCCAUGCCACUCAUUCAUGACAUCUUGGAGUCUUUGCAUGGGGCAGCAGUGUUCAGCUCCCUUGAUUUGAAGUCAGGGUAUUGGCAGGUGAGGAUGGGGAAGAGUAGCAUGGAAAAGACAGCCGUCAUCACCCCGGAGGGGUUGUUCCAGUUUCGGGUGAUGCCCUUUGGACUGAAAAACGCUGGGGCGUCAUUCCAACGGCUAAUGGAGCAGGUACUCCGGGGACUCAUUGGGAAGACCUGUUUUGUUUAUAUUGAUGACAUCAUUGUAUUCUCCCCAUCUGUCCAACAACAUCUUAAGGACCUCGACCACAUCUUCCAGAAACUGCAUAAGGCUCAUCUCACCCUUAACAUCAAGAAGUGUAGAUUUCAGCAAGACCAUCUGAACUUCCUCGGCCAUGUGGUGUCAGCAGACGGAGUCCGAGUGGACCCGAAGAAAAUUAAGUCCAUCUUGGACUACCCAGCGCCCCAGGAGGUAAAAAGUCUCCAGCGCUUCCUGGGGAUGGCUGGGUGGUUCCACAAAUUUGUGCAUGGGUUUGCCGACAUCGCUGCCCCUUUGUUCCAGUUGCUGAGGAAGGGAUCCCCCUGGGAGUGGUCACCAACGUGCCAGGACUCUUUUGAAAGACUCAAACAGGCCCUGAUAUCGCCACCAGUCCUGGCACAGCCUGAUCCGUCAUUAACCUUUCAGGUCCACACUGACGCAAGUGACCUCGGGCUCGGCGCCGUUCUAUGCCAAACUAGCCAAGGAGAGGAAAGAGUGGUGGCCUAUGCUUCUCGGUCACUAAAGGGCGCCGAGUAUAAUUAUUCCACCACCGAGAAGGAAUGCCUCGCUGUCGUGUGGGCCGUGGAAAAGUGGCGGCACUUCCUGGAGGGAACAUCGUUUGGAGUCUACACUGACCAUCGGGCUCUGACCUGGGUCAUGCCUGAAAACAGGUAUAGCGGCAGCAGCAGCAGUGGCACCGACAGCAACAGCAACCGUGAAAAGCCUGGAGGGGCGAAAGUCAACAAUUUUGACAUCAUUAAUAAUGUGCUCCAGGUUCUAAAUUCUGAUGAAAUAGACGUCUUGAACGCUCUGCUGGAGCUAUUGAGGAAAGCCUAUUCUGAAGCCAAGUGCUAUGUUAAAGAUUAUUUCGAAAAAGAAGGCGCAUUAUUGGAGGGCGAAAACAUAGCCGCAAACCCCGCUAAGAGACAAAUUUCCAAGUUAUUUCUGAAUUCUGUUUGGGGAAAAUUCGGUCAGAAGCCUAACCAACUUACCACUAUGUUUGUUAAACACACCCAAGAAGUUUUCGAUUACCUGUUCUCGGACCUGUAUCAGGUCUCAUAUUUUGGCUUUGUCAGCGACAAAAUCGUUCAAGUGCAGUGGAGGUAUGCAGAUGACAAAUACGUUAUACCCGGUCCCGUCAAUCUGGUGAUAGCCACUUUCACAACGGCCUAUGCCCGCUUAAAAUUGUACAAAUUGUUGGAUCAUUUAGGACCGAGGGUUCUGUGUCAUGAUACAGAUUCCGUUAUCUUCACAGCAUUGCCCGGGCAGUACACUCCGGCGCUCAGUGACUAUUUAGGUGAACUCACCAGUGAACUAGAUCCUGAUGACUUCAUUGAAGAAUUUGUUUCUGGGGGUCCUAAAAUGUACACGUACAAAACGUUCAAAGGCAAGAGAGCAAGGAGGAACCGCCGGGUGAGUCUCCUAGUACCCCAGAAGAUCGGUUUGUACGAUGAGAUUUCGAAAAGUGUGCAGGAUAAAUCAAAGAAAUAUACCGAACUUAUUUUACAGAAAAUUUUGCAUAGCACUAACACAGCCUACUGGAAUGGCUUGGGACAGUUUGUGUUUCAUGGCGAGCCAUUAGCUGGUAUGAAUAUGGUUGAUCUAAUGCGGAACUUAACCGCCCGUCACAACAUACCAUCCUAUCGGAGACCUAGGGGAUGGAAGGAAUUUGUCAAGGCCAUGGCCGAUUUGAACAUUCCAACAACCGUGCCAAACUCCGACACGAGAGAACUGUUGGAGAGCUUCAAACCUUCUGCUACGGACAGUGUCGCUGUGGCUGCUUCCGAUAUACCUGUUGGAUCACCAAUGUUUGCCAAUCUUGUCAUGUGUAAUGGAGUUCCCGCAGAGACUGCAUAA